AUGCACAAUGUUGAAGGUGAAAAAAUAUAUAUGUAUUUCACAGGAAACCUUUCAAUAGUGCUAGAGAAUCCUGAAGAGAAUAAAGAAAGGAAUCAUCUACAUGCUGCAGGUCACACCUGUAUUCUUAAAGAUGCUUUUGACUGUGAAAGUGCAACUGAAAUAGCAAAUCUGAUCUCUACAGAGAAGGUUGAUGCAGCCCUGGCCAUUCAUCUUUAUAAAGCAGGCAGACUUCUGCAAGGUUGUAAAAUUCCUUUUGGAAUCAUUUUUGGUGGGACAGAUAUAAAUGAAGAUGUCAGAUGUGAAGAGAAACAUCGGGUAAUGGGAACCAUUCUAGGAGAAGCCAGGUUUGCAGUGGCAUUCACGGUGAAAAUAAAGGAACUGGCAGCAGCAGAAUGGCCAGAUGCUAGGAAGAAAAUAUAUGUCCAAACUCAAGGAAUUAAGACUACACCAAGUGAAACUUUUGACUGGUAUAGAUUUCUACAAAAUGCAGGCAUUCCUACCGAUGUGGACAAUUUACACAUUUUUCUUCUGAUAUGUGGACUUCGAAGAAUCAAAGACCCUCUGUAUUUAGUAGAUGUAUUUUCAGACUGGCACAGAAAGGAGCCCAGUGUCCAUUUGGGCAUAAUUGGACCUGCAGUUGAUCCACUUUUUACAUGUGAAGUCAAAGAAAAAGUUAAAAGGGCACCCGGAGUACAUUUGUUACAGGAGAUGUCACAAGAUGAUCUUCAUGCUGCUAUGAAAAGAUGCUUUGCGGUGGUGAACAGCUCCAUUUCUGAGGGAAUGUCUGCUGCAAUUCUGGAGGCAAUGGAUUUAGGCAUACCAGCGCUGGCAAGAAACAUUCCUGGGAAUGCAGCGAUAAUAAAACAUAAGGAUACAGGACUGCUAUUUUCAGAUCCAGAGGAGUUUGUUGUGCUGUCUAAGAGUUUGAUGAAUGACCCCAUUAUGAAAACAGAAAUUGUAAGAAAGGCAAAGGUCUAUGUGAAGAAACACCAUUCAUGGGAAUGUGAAGGAAAAACCUAUCAGAAUCUUGUCCUAAGACUCCAGUGAACUGCAAGACCAAAGCUGAUACCCAGCAGUUUGUAUCAAGUACUUCAAUGAUAGAAAUGUAAUUAGAUGAAAGUUUCUUUUUAGAACAGAGAGCUGGACAGACAUUUUUCUAUUCAAACAUACCAACAUCACAAGAGGGGCCCACGGCAUCAAGCUAAUUCACCCAAGCCAACACACUGUCUGUAAGGUACCAACUUAUUGCAGACCAGUAUAAUUCUGUAAGAUCUCAAGGGAGAAAUGUAUCUAUUCAGCAGUCACAAAACUUCAAAAGUUGUAAAGCCACCAAAAGAGGACUGUUUUUUUUUUCUUUUUUUCUUUUUGUGCAGGUAAGCACACAGCCAAGUAGAACUGAUCUCAGUUGUUGCMGUUGUGCUGCAUCCUAAGAAGUCUGCAGUGAAGUAGCUGUUGUUUUUUUUUUUCCUCUAAUUUUACUGACCCAAAUGUAUUCAGUUUUGCACAGUUUAGAUGCACAGAUGUAUUAGAUGCACAUAUAAUAUUGCAAAACAAACCUCGUACAUUCACAAAGYGAAGGUUUGUUAUAUCUACAGAGUACAAGAUUAUCAAGGUGAAAGCUUUUUUUUAAGAAUAAGAUUAACAUGUCUWUGCAUUGACGACAUGAUGAUCUGGGGACCAACAAGCAACCAAAGUGUUGAUGCUUGAGGAAAUAUACUGAAGUGAAUAACAUAUGGUUUUACCUCCCUGUAGAUACUUGAWUUUUUUUUUCAGGUAAGCUAAUGUUUCCAAGCAAUGCUAAACCUGCAUUUUCUUUUGGAUUCUGGGAGCAGAGCGAGCACUUAAGCUCUGUACUCAGCUCCAGAUUGCAGAACUUGACAGUACUACCCUCUGCAGAACUAUCUCUUUGCAGAUGGAAAUAUUGAAGUCAACUACCUCUUAGUUUAGUCACUGGUCUUUCGUAGUUCUGUACGUCCCCUAUUUACAAAGAUAUCUGACAGCUAUAAAAAAGGAGAGAAGGAAUAAAAAGUAUUUUCCACUUGCUCUGUACUUGCUGCUGCUAUUUGUGGAUUUCUUUAUGUGACACAUAAAGUGGCAACCUAUUUACAAGCUCUAAUAAACCUCUGUUUUAAGUCCUAACUAAACAAUAUUCUAGGCAGCUUAGUAGUAAUAUCUUUGAAUCCAUAAUUGCAUAUCUAAGGACUGCUACUUAUAGAAAUAAGAAUGUCAUAUUUUAAUCUACUUGCUAUUGUAAAAGUGUUUAUUUURUAUAGGCUUGAUCUGUGAGAAUCACCAAGAAGUUUUCUGUAGAUUUGAAUGGCUUUUGUCAAGGGCUGUAUUGAUUUUUUUCUCAAUAGUAGUAAUUAAGUUCAUUAUGUAUUUUAAGCUUUGCAUCUGAUUAUUGAUGCUUUGCAGCUCUAACAAGUGGGACAGUAAGCAAAAAUGAAUUUAAUAUCUCACAUUUAC